AGUUGGAAUUAGCACAACACCUGUUAUUUAAGGAAUCUAGAAAUCCGACUGGAUGCUUUAUUAAGGUUCGAAAAAGAGGACAUGUCCGUGAAAAGCGGGUGUAUGGUCAUCAUAGGUUCCAUUUAAAAAUCUUCCGAUUUAUGGUAUUUUUUUCUACAUUAACGAGUGCCGCCUUCUACAACAACAACUCUGUCUCAACCUCAUUCACAUACACUCACUGCAUGAGGUAUUAACCUCGUAAAGAUGAUUAAUAGUAAUAAAAAAACAAAACAACGGGCUAUGUUUAAUCUUUGUAUCUUCCAAAAUGACGGAGAUCAUUUGGAAUUAUCUGUCAAUGUUUUGUGACAGAAAAUUUGUUUAAUGCAACCUCUGAUUAGCCUACAUCUGUUUUGACUCGAAAUGUCUCAGCUGCUUUUGUGAGGGCUUAUUGUUUGUGACAUUCAUUUUCAAGUAGUUUUUAAGCCACGUGUAGUUGUUAUAACAACAACUAAGCGGAAGUGUGGAGCAUCCGAGAGGAAAUCUCUCGCCCAUGGAGAAAUCAGGAAAAAAAGUGUAUAUAUUGCUUUUUUGUUUCCCCUCUCGCGAUGUUUGUUAAAAUCUACGAGACUGUACAGCAUAUUAAAUCCGCUAUCUGAAUUUCAAGUACGUCAUUAGUGCUGCUGAUAUCAUGGCGGCUGUGGUGUCGAAGAAAUGCGCGCCUCGUCUAAUUCUCAUUAACAGAACACUUUGCGUCCCGAUGCUGCAGAUACUACAGAGCGGCUAUCAUAAAAAGGUGGUGGACCACUAUGAGAACCCAAGAAAUGUGGGGUCUAUGGAUAAAAAUGCCAAAAAUGUGGGCACAGGUUUGGUUGGUGCCCCUGCAUGUGGAGAUGUGAUGAAACUGCAGAUUGAGGUGAAUGAGGCUGGGAAGAUUGUGGAUGCCAAAUUCAAAACGUUUGGCUGUGGCUCUGCUAUUGCUUCCAGUUCUUUAGCCACUGAAUGGGUAAAAGGCAAAUCUAUUGAUGAGGCCCUUAAGAUAAAAAACACAGAGAUUGCUAAGGAGCUUAGCCUUCCACCUGUCAAACUGCACUGCUCAAUGUUGGCAGAGGAUGCCAUCAAAGCAGCUUUGGCAGACUACUGUCUGAAACGGAAAGCUGAAGAGGAUAAGAAUUUGGUGGCCAAUAACUAGGGGUGUAAAUUUUCACCAUGCAUUUAUACCAAAGUUCUCCAACCCCUGCACUGUAGCCCGUCUUUUAAACGCACAAUUUGACUGUUACAGCCUAAGCCUUAUUUGUUUUGAUAUUUUUAAAGAAUCUGCUUUAAGUGUUAUUGUUUGAGAAGUGGUCAUUAAAAGAGUGUUUGGGAUGGUUUUAUGUGCUUAUGAAUGCAUGCACAAAUUUCUUUAAAUCAUGUCCGUGAAUUAGUUCCUUAUCCUUCGUAGAGUCUGAAGGUGGGAAAAUGAACUUCAUUUGGGGUAUAUGCUGCUGUACUUUCAAACUUCAAUAUAUCAAAAGAAAGCACUUGUAAACCUGUUUCACAUGGGCAUUGAUUAAUACUGCACACUCUCAAAAUCAAUAAAUAUAAAGGGUAUUUCAAUAAAGAGAAAGACAACUUGCAUUUUACAUUUAGAGUGAAAACCUUAUUUUUCAGUAUAAUUUUAGCAUAGCAUUUAUAUGCUCAUUCCCUUGAAGAUGUGAUUUAGAAACUUUCUGGCUAAAACAUUAGUUUAUUGCAUGAACGCAGAGACCGAAUUAGUUCAGGAAAAGACAAGGACCUGCUGCACAACUGGAUGAAAAACAAGCAUUGAUGGUGAUGUUUUGCCACUAUGUCUGUGGUCUAAAAUUAGAACAGAAUUAUCUGUAUGCCUUGUAGUUUGUUUUUCAUCUCAUACAUUUAAAGCUAGUGCAAAAUGCUGUUAACUUUUACAUGUAAACCUCUUGAAUGAUUAAAAGAGGUUUGUUUCAUUAAAUUAACUAAGGCAUUGAAAAAUGACCUAAAUCAACAGGUAACCACAAGAGAUAAAGCUUGAAGCAGAAGUUGCACUUGGCAAAACAAAUUUGCCACAAAUCUAGACUGAAAAUGUUGUAAAAACGUAUCCUGGCAUUCAGAUUUUUCAGAAAUCUGGUGAAAUCUCAUGAGUCAUUUGUUCACUUAAAGCUAAUGUGCAGAAUUUUCAUUAUAUUCGUAUACAUUUAUAAAAGGUAAAUGAAAAUGUUGAGACUAACUGAUCAUAGACUAAACUGUUUGAAAUGAGGUAGGGACAUAAGACUUGGUGGCCUUCAGCAGCUGAAGAUGUAUAAUACCACUCAACCUUGAAUGGAAAUAUUUGGAGUCAGUAUGUAAACAACAACCUGACUCACAGAGAAGCUUAUCGCCUUAAUUGGAGUAGUAAGUUUGCUUUUCUUAUGUUUUUUGUGUGUGUGCGCAAACUUAGCUAUAGUUUGGGAACAAAUAUGUCUCCGGAAGUGAGCUAAAUCGGACAAAAUCUCCCUUUGAGGACAUUCUGGGACAUCCUUAUUUGGGAAAAGAAUCCAUUCAGAUUUUGUUUUCUAAAAAUGCAAGAAGUUUUCUUCGAGGGGUUAGAGUUAGUCUGGCAUUAUAGCAAUUAUAAUUAGCUUUAUAGAAAAAUUUCUAUGGUAUGUCCCCAUUUACAGGGGUUUGGGUUAGUUUUUUUUUUCUUUCUAAAAAUUUAAAGAAAUAUAUUUUAUGGGUAGCAUUGGGGUUUGGAUAAAGGGUCAUUUAUAUUUAUCUAUUUAGUGGUAUUUAUAAGUGGGUUUAUUUAAAAAAAAAAAAAACUAUGGUAGCGUAUAUGUCUUCAUCUAGAUAGUGUGUGUGUGUGUGUUUACUAUCCUUACAUGGAGAGUAAAACCUGAAAUCACCUACCAUGUGU